UCUGCUUCUAUCCAACGAAGCCACACGCAUACAGACUGCAGACACACGUGAAACAGUGCCUUCCACUUCAAGGAAAACCAAAGAAAGGAAUAUGAUCGCCAAGGUUCUCGUUGCUCUCGCCUUUGCUGUCGCCCUCGCCGUGGUGCAAGUGGGCUCUCAGAUCCAGUUUGUAAACCGGCGCCCUAGUGCUAUUGUGGCAGCCGGUGCAGGUCCUGGCGCACCCGUGGCCGAGCCCGUUUACCCGCCGCAGCCGUACAGCUUCGGCUACGACAACGUGGAUGAGUACGGUACGCAGUCCUUCCGCAAGGAGGAGAGCGACGCCAACAACGUCAAAACCGGAUACUAUGGUUAUCGCGACGCCAACGGCACCUUCCGGAAGGUGACCUACGUGGCCGACGCCAAUGGCUUUCGUGCCACCGUCGACAUGAACGAGCCGGGAACCGUCUCCGGCCACACCGCCGACGCUGUCUUCAGCUCCAGACAGGCCCAACAUCUCGGUGUGGCCAAGUCAGCGUCAGCUCCGGCUCCGGCCUUCGCUGUGCCGGUUCAGGCGCCGUUUUAUCAGGGACGGCCAACGCGUGUUCUCUUUACGAAUUAAUGUAUCAAGAAGGACCGUAUGAUUUUGUAUAUGAUUUGAGAGUAAACGAGUGCUGUACAAUA